UCUCGCGUGAUGAGACUUGCGGCGUUCGGGAUUUUUUUUUAUUUGUAAACUAGGAGGCAGGGGCUUGCGGUUACCAGCUUUGUGGGACGUGUCAAGAAGCAACAAGAAAACAGAUUUUUCAUUAUUAGAGCAAUAGGUGGUCUAUGAGGGCAUUUCUUAGACUUCUGGCAUAUCAGACCAAAAGGACACUUGGCCAGUCCUUAACAAAAGUUCCUUUACGAGUUAUUUUUCAUGCCUGUUGGAGCCAGUCGCCUCUCCACAGUGCUUUGCACUUCCAAUUCUUUUUAAGAGUUACACAUUUCUCCAACAUGGCGGAACAGCGAUACUGUGUGGAAUAUGCAAAACGUGGGACUGCUGGUUGCAAGAAAUGCAAGGAGAAGAUUGGAAAGGGUUUGGUACGCAUAGGUAAAAUAGUGCCAAACCCUUUUAGCGAGUCUGCUGGGGACAUGAAGGAGUGGUACCACAUCAAGUGCAUGUUUGAGAAACUGGAGAGAGCGCGGGCAACUACAAAAAAAAUUGAUGAUCUGACAGAACUGGAAGGUUGGCAGGAACUUCAAGACUGUGAUAAAAACCUAAUCAGCCAGCAUGUCACUGAACUUGCUACAAAAACAGCAGCUACACCUCGAAAAAAGACUCCGUCCAAGGAAAAACAAUCACCGGCAGUACAAGGAACAACUUCCACUACAGCACCAGCAGCUAGUCCCUCUCUAAAAUUUUCAGGUUUCUCUGCAAAACCCAGUCAAUCAUCAAGCCCACCAAGCUCAAGCACUGGCUCCAGUCUUUCAACUGCAAAGUGUGACCCAAAACAUAAGGACUGUCUUCUGCGUGAGUUCCGCAAGCUAUGUGCAAUGGUUGCGGAACAGCCAAGCUACAACAGCAAAACACAGAUCAUUCGUGAUUUCCUAACCAAGGGAACAAGUGGCGAUGGUUUUCAUGGUGACACAUAUCUGACAGUAAAACUGCUAUUACCAGGAGUUAUCAAGUCUGUGUACAACCUCAAUGAUAAGCAGAUUGUUAAACACUUUAGUCGUAUUUUUAAUUGUAACCAGGAGGAGAUGGUUCGGGACCUAGAACAGGGAGAUGUGUCUGAAACUGUGCGUAUCUUCUUUGAGGAAAGUAAAUGCUUUGCACCAGCUUCUAAGAGUUUACUGACAAUCCAUGAAGUUGAUGAUUUGCUUACUAAACUAUCAAAAAUGACUAAAGAAGAAGAUCAACAGAAUGUCCUAGAGGACAUUGCUCACAGGUGCACCAGUAAUGAUCUUAAAUGCAUUAUCCGCCUGAUUAAACAUGACUUGAAAAUGAACUCUGGAGCCAAACACGUGCUGGAUGCUCUAGAUCCUAAUGCAUAUGAUGCAUUUAAAGCUUCGCGCAAUCUAGGGGAUGUAGUAGAACGUGUUUUGCGCAACGAGCAGCAGGCUCCAGGAAUGAAACGAACUCUUAGUGUCCAGGCUUCAUUAAUGACCCCAGUUCAGCCUAUGCUGGCUGAAGCUUGCAAAUCUAUAGAGUAUGCCAUGAAAAAGUGUCCCAAUGGUAUGUAUGCUGAAAUAAAGUAUGAUGGUGAAAGAGUCCAAGUACAUAAGAAUGGAGAUCACUUCAGCUACUUCAGCCGCAGUCUGAAGCCAGUGCUGCCCCAUAAGGUUGCUCAUUUUAAGGAUUUUAUACCUAAAGCAUUUCCAGGAGGAAACAGUAUGAUCCUGGAUGCAGAAGUUCUUCUUAUAGAUACCAAUACUGGCAAGCCACUUCCAUUUGGCACAUUAGGUGUUCAUAAGAAAGCUGCUUUCAAAGAUGCCAAUGUGUGCUUGUUUGUUUUCGAUUGCAUUUACUUCAAUGGAGUGAGCUUAAUGGAUCGGCCACUUAGUGAGCGCCGAAAGUUUAUGCGGGAUAACAUGGUUGAAAUCCCUAAUCACAUUCUGUUCUCUGAGAUGAAACAUGUCACAAAAGCUUCUGAUCUGGCUGACAUGAUCACCCGUGUUAUCCGUGAGGGAUUGGAGGGUCUGGUAUUAAAGGACUUAAAGAGUAAUUAUGAGCCAGGGAAACGUCAUUGGCUUAAAGUAAAGAAGGAUUACUUGAAUGAAGGUGCAAUGGCAGACACCGCUGACUUGGCAGUUUUGGGAGCUUAUUAUGGAAAGGGAGCAAAUGGGGGUAUAAUGUCCAUCUUUCUCAUGGGUUGCUAUGAUCCUGAAAGUCAGAAGUGGUGCACUGUGACAAAAUGUUCAAGUGGUUAUGAUGAUGCUACUCUGCAACGCCUUCAGAAGGAGCUUAACAUGGUCAAAAUCAGCAAGGAUCCAUCUAAGAUUCCAUCAUGGCUUAAAAUCAACAAGAACUAUUUCCCAGAUUUCAUUAUACAUGAUCCCAAGAAAGCUCCCAUUUGGGAAAUUACAGGUGCAGAGUACUCAAAGGCAGAGGCUCAUACAGCUGCUGGGUUAUCCAUUCGCUUCCCACGCUGCACACGUUUCCGUGAUGAUAAGGACUGGAAAACAGCCACUACACUCCAACAGCUAAAGGAACUUUAUCGUCUCUCAAAAGAAAAAUCUGACUUUAACAUCACUGCUACAUCCUCUCAGGAUGAGGAUGGUUCAUCUGAAAGCAGUAGUCGAGAGAAUGAAGGAAACUCCAGGCAAACUGCAUCAGGCAGCAUGGUUAAGAAAUCGAAAAAUGCGCCUUCCAAAUCUCCUGGAAAGGACAAAACCAGUGAAAGCACUAAACUACCACCUCCUCAGAAGAAAGAAGAGCUGCCGAAAGCAGAGAAGCGCAAAUCACAAACUCCUAAAACUGUACAGAGUAAAAAGGCUAAAAUUUCAGAAACUGGUCACAGUAACGGACACAGCAUAGCCCAGUCACCUGUCGCUAAUAAAACUCUAUUGGACAUAUUCACUGGUGUGAAGCUGCAUAUUCCAUCCACACUUGAUGAUUUUGCCAAGCUCCGUCGUUACUUUAUCGCCUUUGAUGGGGACCUGGUACCGGAAUAUGAUCUUCCCACAGCCACACAUGUGAUGGGUCGUGAACCUGAGUGUAUUGCAGAUGCCAAACAUGUAACACCACACUGGAUAUGGGAGUGUAUAAGACGCAGGCGAUUAGUUGAGCCAUGCUGAUGAGAAUUGUGUGCAAGAUGGUGCUGACGUCAAACACUUGUUUACAUUUUAAUGUUUACACAACAAGAGAAGGCAUCAUAGAUAAAUCUGUGCCAAUGAGCAGCCAGGGGAAAUAUGAUGCGGCUGUGUUUGUAGGUAUUUAGCUAAGUUUUUAACUCAUGAAUGCAAACUGGUAGCUUGUGAUUUUUAACUGCAAAUAUUUAAGAAAAAAAAAUCAUAGGUGAUUGCAUAAAGGUCAAAAAGAUCAUCCUUCAUUUUUUGUGUCUGAAAUGGUAUAUUUUUAUCAAUUUAAAAUGACUUGUACAAAGAUCUUUCUGGAGUUAUAUCAGUCCUUGAAUAUGAUCUUUGUACAAAAGUCAUUCUGAAUUGAGAAAGCUAGCCGGAUGACAUAUAUAUCGGUGCUUUGAUAGUACCAAAAAGUGUUUAAUAUUCCACAUCACACAUUACAUGCAGUCCUUUGUUAAAGAUAUUCUCAUAAUAUUCAUGAAUAUCUAUUUGUAACCUUAGGGUUUUUAUAGGUAUUUUAGUUUUUAUUUUUGACCUAAUCUGCAACUGACUUUAGCUGUUGUGUAUACGGAUUUGUCUCCCUAUCUAACAGUGUUCACCAUUUUCGAAGUGUGGGAAAUGAAUUAAAGCACAGUCUAAACUGUGACAACUAUUAUUUCUAAUGAAUUUAAGUACAUAAGCGCACUACUUUAAGGAAUUGCCUACUAUAGAGGGUUGCCUUAUUAUAAAAAGGAACAAAUUAUUCUAAAAUGUAGUUCUGUUUGAAAUAAAACAGAAAACCUAUUUCAUUGUUUAUGUCAGCAAGAUUCUUUACAAUAAUCUAUUAUGAAUUAUUAUUUUCUGUACAGGAAAUAUAACUCUAUGACUGCAUUCUUUUUGGUACUAAUACAGAAUGUGAUGUGUGUGUUGAUUUACUC